AUGUGCGACAACGCAACAACUGUCGUCGGAGCUAAGCGUGAGAUCACGGAUCUACAGCGACUCUUCCACAAUCAACAAUUCCAGCAUACAGUAAUCAAAGACACUUGUGACGAUGGUAUUGAAUUUCGGUUCAUUCCUCCGCGUACGCCCAACUUUGGUGGCCUGUGGGAAGCACAGGUAAAAUCUUUUAAAAAUCAUUUUCGGAAGUCAAUCGGAAUUCGAGUGCUAAAUGUUGAUGAAAUGGCUACAGCCUUAGUGCAAAUAGAGGCAGUAUUGAACUCCCGACCUCUAACGCCAAUCAGCAAUGACCCAACUGAUUACGAAGCUUUGACGCCUGGACAUUUUUUGGUGCAGCGUCCACUAACCGCCAUCCCAGAACCAGAUGUUCAAGCACUUCCAAGCAAUCGCUUGACUAUGUGGCAGAGAGCUCAAUGA